AUGUCAAUUAAAUUUGUUAAGUCAUCUAAAGAUUUUGAAGGUUAUUUGAAAAACAAUACCCAUCUCGUAUUGAAUUUCACUGCCUCUUGGUGUGGUCCUUGUCAAGCAAUCAAACCUGUAAUUGAUCAAGCUUACGGACAAUUUCAAAAUGUUGAAAUUGUGAGAAUUGAUUUAGAUAGUCAACGUGAGUUAGCAUCGAAAUACAACAUUACAUCUGUUCCUACAUUUGUGUUUCUCGAAACAGGGAAAGAAGUUGACCGUAUCCAAGGUGCCAAUCCUCAAGCAUUGAUUACGAAGUUGCAAGAGUUUAACACUAAAGCAAAUGGACAAAAGAGAAGAGGCAAUGGUACGGCUAGUGAAGACUUGAUUACUCAAAAUAGUAGUCUAAAAGAUAUAAAACCAUUGAUUCCUAAAAACUUUGAAAUAUUGAAUGCCACUAUAGAUUAUAGUGGAUACGAAGUUUUAAACUGUUUACCAUUGUACAAAGACUCGAAAACAAAGCAUGUUGUAAGCUUGGAUAAUACAGAUAAAUCCGCAGUUAUAUCAGAUUCAGAUUCUCAAUUGCUUUUUUAUAUUCCCUUCUUGAACAUUUCCAAAAUUUAUUCGAUUUUGGUAAAAGUGAAAUCUACUAAAACGUACAAAGAAGUUGACGAAAGUGCAUUGGAUGUCGACAGUGACGACUUGGAUGAAAUUCAACCACCUAAUUUAAUUAAAGUGUGGUGCAACACUCAAUCCAUCUUAUCUUUUGAUGAAGCUAGUGCUGAUACAAGUGCUCCACAUAUUGAAAAAGUAUCCACUAACGAUGAAGAGCAAUGGUUGGAUAUUAAAUUCAAAUUUGUUAGGUUCCAGAAUGUUCAAAAUUUGACUAUUUUCGUUGAUGGUGAAGACGAAGAUUAUCACACAGUUAUUGAGAAAAUAGUCAUUGUCGGUGUCAAUGGCGAAAGUAAAGAGCAAGGAAAGAUAAAUCAAAUAGAUGAUGAAUAG